AUGACGCCCGUGGGCUCCCCCUGGCCGGCCGUCAACGGCUCAGGUCCGCUGUGCAGCUACUGCCCCCUGCUCGGGCCACUGAACACCGGCAAGGGGCAGUACGGUUUCGGCGCCGGCGGCUACGGCUACCCUGGCUACCAGGGCGUCCCCGGCUACGGCCGGUACGGCGUGCACCCGGGAUCGGGCCGGGAGAGUCUGCAGAAGCUCGGCCAGCUGGUCGGCCUGAGCGCCGUGGCCACCGUGGGCACUCUGGGACACGUCUACACCGUGUCCGCCUGCGUGGUCGGCGAUCGGCUCCGGAAAAAGGGCAAUUUCUUCCUGGUGAACCUGUCGCUGGCGAUGCUGCUGGUCACUCUUCUGGUCCUGCCCUCCCUCUCCAUCCAUAUGCUGGCCAGCGCUGACGUCUCCGCCAAGGCGCGGCGGCUCCACGAGCACCUGGUGGAGCUGUGCGGCUGCGUCAGUCUGUUCGCCCUCUGCACGGUGGCCGUGGAGAGCUACGUGCGCGUCUGCCACCGGCGGCUGCACGGCCGGCUGGUGGGCCGCCGCUGCGUGGCCGCCGGCCUGCUGCUGGUCUGGGCGCUCGGCGGAGCCACGUUCGGUGUCGUGCUGCUGGCCAGGGCGGGGCCGCACGCGCAGACGCACUCGCUGCUGCUAGCUAUCAUCAUUGGAACAGCCACGGCCAUUGCAGGCUUUCUGUACCUGCUCACGUGGCGGCGCGCCCGCCACCUGCGGCGCUGCACGUGCCACGGCCGGCGCACGCGGCCCAUGCCGUGGCACGUGGAGCUGGCGCGCGCCAACUGGGCCGUGUGGCUGAGUUUCUGCGCGGGCUGGCUGCCGGCGGCGGCGCAGCGCACGCUGGGCCCGCUGCUGGCGCCGCUCGGCCGGCCCGAGUGGGUCGAGUGGCUGCCGCUGGCGCACGCCACCCUCUUCCCGGCGCUGUAUGCCGUGUUCAGCGAGGACUUCCGCGAGUCGUACAGCAACCUGGCGCGCUACUGCUGCUGCCGGAUGUCGGUGCACUUCGGACGGCGGCCGCGCACCGACCUGCCGCGACCGCUGCUCUCAGAGACGCGCAAGAGUCCGAUGCGCGUGCACCUGAUACCCGGCUAUGAUAUGCGCACCACGCUGAGUGUCGGCGACGCGCCGAGCCGCACCUCGCCGCGAGCGUCCCCGGCGCGCAGCGUCGGCAGCGCGGCCAGCAGUCGGCCGGCCAUCCUCUGA